AGUAUACGCUAUUUUGGGUGUGCGCUUGUGUGUGCUUGUGAAGAAAGUGGGAGAACAACGACGGUGGAUCGCCUGAGGUCUGGCGGAGGUGUGAUUUUGCCCCAAUUCCGGACCGUCACAGGCCUCGCAACCAGCCGUGGUACCAACUCCCGUCGUACCACAGAGUCAACUGGAAAGCCGCACAAUGGGGCCGGCCAUUUCGGGCGAAUGACAUGCAAAAGACAGAAGACGCAACCGGAAGAGGUUCUUUUGAGAUGUGUGCGUCAGUGUGAGCGUCCCAGUCAAGCUAAAGUACAACAGGUCACAGAGACUCGACUGUGAUGCGGAAAACAAUUAAAAUAUCAACAGAUGCGCUCGAUGUGCUGCAAUGAAAUUCGGCUUCGAUGUGGACAAGGUUACCAACACGAGAAUGAACCAGGUCGACAAGCCGACGCUGAAAAGUACCAUGCUUCCAAGUGCUUCCCUAAACUGGUCAAGUUCGAUGGCCACCGACUCAGUACUGCCGGUAGACGCCGAAUCUGA